AUGACAAGUGUAUUAGUUAACCAAAGUCGUUCUUGUUGUUUAUUGUGUAAACAGUUACGAUUAUUUCCUUAUUCUUCAAUACGUUCAUUAUCUUUGACCAAUAAGAAGAGUACAGUUACCGUAACAGAUGAUUUUCGAGCAUCUAAGCCAAGAGGACAAAUUAAAGGUGUUGAAUUGUUAAGAAAUCCAGCUUUGAACAAAGGAAUGGCAUUCACGUUGGAAGAACGUCAACAUAUGGGGAUUCAUGGACUAUUGCCGCCUGCAGUUCUAUCACAGGAUAUUCAAGCAAUGAGAGUAAUGAUUAAUUUUCAUCAUGAUUUGGAUCGUUAUUCUGAGUUAAUGAAUUUGUGUGAAAGAAAUGAAAAAUUAUUUUAUCGAGUUAUUGCAGAUAAUUUAGAAGACUUGAUACCAAUUGUUUAUACGCCUACAGAAUUUUUGUUACUCCAUUUAAAAGGAAAAAAUAAGAUUGUUGAUUUAUCAUUUCAGGGUUUAGGAGAUCUUGGAGCAUUUGGAAUGGGCAUACCAGUAGGAAAAUUACAAUUAUAUACUGCUAUAGCUGGUAUUCCUCCGCAACAUUGCUUACCAGUUAUGCUCGAUGUGGGUACUAAUAAUGAAGAAAUAUCAAAUAAUCCAUUGUACAUUGGUUUACGGCAAAAGCGUGUAACUGGUAAAGAAUACGACGAGUUCAUGGAUGAAUUCAUGGACGCUGUUGUGCAACGAUUUGGCUGGAAUUGUUUAAUACAAUUUGAAGAUUUUGCCAGUCAUAAUGCUUAUCCUUUAUUGGAAAAAUAUCGUCAAAAUUAUUGUACAUUUAAUGAUGAUAUUCAAGGUACAGCCGCAGUUGUACUCGCCGGAUUAUUCGGUGCAUUACGAAUAACUGGAAAGAAGUUACAUGAAAACAUCUUCUUAUUUGUUGGAGCUGGACAGGCUGCGUGUGGAAUAGCUGAUUUAGUUACAGCUGCAAUGACAAAAGAAGGUAUACCGAUUGAAGAAGCAAGAAGUAAAAUUUGGAUGUACGAUGUACAUGGUUUAAUUGUUGAAAGUAAUAUUAAAAUGCGGCCCCAAGGAGAUAUAGAAGGUCCCAAAGCGCCAUAUGUAAAAAAAGGCAAACCAAUUAAAGAUUUAGCAGCUGUUGUUGAAUAUGUUAAGCCAACCGUUAUGAUGGGUGCAAGUGGCGUUGGACGUUUAUUUCAUGAAGGUGUACUACGAAAAAUGGCACAAAUUAAUGAAAGACCGGUUAUAUUUGCUUUGUCUAAUCCAACAAGUCGAGCAGAAUGUACUGCAAGUGACGCCUACCAUGAAACAGACGGACGAUGUAUUUUUUCGUCUGGUUCACCAUUCCGUCCAGUUGUUUAUAAAGGCAAAACGUUUCAUCCUGGUCAAGGAAACAAUGCAUAUAUUUUUCCUGCUAUUGCAUUGGCCGUUGUUGCGUGUUCAGCAAGACACGUCGAAGAAGAUAUGUUUCUAUUAGCAGCAAAACAUCUUGGCGCAUUAGUGAGUCAAGAAGAUCUUGAUUCCGGUAGGGUUUACCCUCCAAUUCCCACUAUUCACGAAGUAACAAUCAAAAUCGCUACUAAACUUGCCGAAUGGUUAUAUGAAACAAAGCGAGCAUGGAAUUAUCCUGAACCGGAAGAUAAAGAGGCAUUUAUACGAAUGCAAUUGUACGAUACUUCUUACGAAUACUUUGGGCCAAAUACUUGGAAAUGGCCCGCUGAAGCAACAAAACCACGAAGUGUACCAGAACUAAACGAUGAAGCAUUCACAGCGUCAUAG